CAGAGCAGGGUAUCCAUCAGGAUAUAGUGGAAGACCAGAAACUACCUGGUUCCACACGAAAAGAAGAAAAAAAAAACAAACAGAAAUAAGAAUAAAAUAAAGGCAAGAGACCCUCUCAAAGUUGAUUUGGCAAACCUCUCGGCCUUUUGGAUUAUUGUCUGGAGGCAAAUUCAGAAAAUGGACUUGAGGGUUUUCAGAAUAUUUCUCUAGAGAGCUGGCAUAAGAAAUCUUAGUUGGAAAGGGGAGGCAACUAGAAGGUGGACUACACAUUCCGCACACUCAAGAAUGGUUUCGCCUCUGCUCUGGCUAUACUUUAUUAUAUGGAGUGAAAAUGUGCUAGGAAAAUAUGAAGAUGAUGAAAACUUCUAUUCGCAAAACAUCAGCCGGAUCCUGGAUAACUUGCUUGAAGGUUAUGACAAUCGGUUACGGCCAGGCUUUGGUGGUGCUGUCACUGAAGUCAAAACAGAUAUUUAUGUGACCAGCUUUGGUCCUGUGUCAGAUGUGGAGAUGGAAUACACAAUGGAUGUUUUCUUCCGCCAAACUUGGACAGAUGAGAGGUUGAAGUUUGGGGGUCCAACUGAGAUUUUAAGUUUGAAUAACCUAAUGGUCAGUAAAAUCUGGACACCUGACACUUUUUUCAGAAAUGGCAAAAAAUCAAUUGCUCAUAAUAUGACAACCCCUAAUAAACUCUUUAGAAUAAUGCAGAAUGGAACCAUUCUAUACACAAUGAGGCUUACCAUCAAUGCUGACUGUCCUAUGAGGCUGGUUAACUUUCCUAUGGAUGGCCAUGCUUGCCCACUCAAGUUUGGGAGUUAUGCUUAUCCCAAAACUGAAAUCAUAUAUACAUGGAAAAAAGGACCACUUUACUCAGUAGAAGUCCCUGAAGAAUCUUCAAGCCUUCUCCAGUAUGAUCUGCUUGGACAGACAGCAUCUAGUGAGACAAUGAAAUCUAACACAGGUGAAUAUGUAAUAAUGACAGUUUAUUUCCACUUGCAAAGAAAGAUGGGCUACUUCAUGAUACAAAUAUAUACUCCUUGCAUUAUGACAGUCAUUCUUUCCCAAGUAUCUUUCUGGAUUAAUAAGGAAUCUGUUCCAGCAAGAACUGUCUUUGGCAUCACAACUGUUUUAACUAUGACCACUUUAAGUAUCAGUGCUCGUCACUCCUUGCCAAAAGUUUCAUACGCUACUGCUAUGGAUUGGUUCAUAGCUGUUUGCUUUGCUUUCGUCUUCUCCGCUCUUAUUGAGUUUGCUGCUGUCAACUACUUUACCAAUCUUCAGGCACAGAAAGCCAAAAGGAAAGCACAAAUUGCAACCUCAACCCCUGUGACAAUAUCAAAAGCGACUGAACCCUUGGGAGCUGAGAUUGUUUUGCAUCCUGAUUCCAAGUAUCAUCUGAAGAAAAGAAUCACCUCUCUAACCUUGCCAAUAGUUCCAUCCUCUGAGGCAAGCAAAGUUUUCAUUAGUUCUCCCAUCCUGGAAUCAACACCUGUUACAAACCCACAACUCUCCCCAGCCUUCGAAGGUACCAGUAAAAUUGAUCAAUAUUCUAGAGUUCUCUUCCCUGUUGCAUUUUCAGGAUUCAACCUUGUGUAUUGGAUAGUUUAUCUUUCAAAGGACACAAUGGAAGUAAGUGGGAGUGUUGAAUAGGAAAAGCGGUUCUUUGUUAAGUUCUCAUCUGUAUUCUUUUAAAUCGCAUUGAGACUUUUUUUCUGAACACAAAAUUAUAAUUGAAAGUCUGUAACAGAAAUCUGAAUAAACAUAUAUGGACAAAAAUAGGGUAUAAGAUUAGCCUCAUAAUGGAAAGUAUAAUGUUGUUGGAAAAUAUGAAUUUUAUGUCUAUUUGGGAAUAAUUUUGUAAAGAAAUUUAUGAUUUA